GACAUAAAUCCCCUUCGUAUAAAAAAAAAAUUCAGAUUUGCCAAAAAAAAAUAAAAAUGGCCAAGGUAACUGUGUUGCUUUGCUUUUGCGUUCUAGCAGUCUUUGGUUCUGUUAAGGCCCACACAGAAAAGGGAAAGGUUGGUAUCUAUGAGCUUAAGAGAGGAGAUAUGUCCUUGAAGUUUACCAAUUGGGGGGCAACUCUUGUCUCCUUCGUUCUCCCUGACAAAAAUGGAAAGCUGAUUGAUAUUGUCCUUGGAUACGAUACAAUAAACCAGUACAAGAACGAUACAACAUAUUUUGGAGCCAUUGUUGGACGGGUUGCUAACAGAAUUAAGGGUGCUCAAUUUAAGCUAAAUGGACACACAUAUAAGCUAGUUCCCAAUGAAGGGAAAAACAUGCUUCAUGGUGGUCCAAAGGGAUAUGCUGAUGUUGUUUGGGAAGUGACCAAGUAUCAGAACAAGGGUCAUAAACCUCACAUUGUUUUUAGCUAUCACAGUUUUGAUGGGGAAGAAGGAUUUCCUGGAGAGAUCCUAGUCACUGUCAGGUACACUCUCCUUGCAGAAAACCAAGUGACUGUUGUAAUGAAAGCCAAAAAUAUUGGUAACAAGGCAACCCCUGUAAAUAUUGCCAACCAUGCUUACUGGAACCUGGGAGGCCAUAACAGGGGCGGCAUCUUGUCUGAAAAGAUUCAGAUUUUUGCGUCCAAUUACACACCUGUUGAUAGCGACCUUAUUCCAACUGGAAAAAUCGAAGCUGUGAAGGGAACUCCAUUUGAUUUCCUCAAACCCAAGGCCAUUGGAAGCAGGACCAAGCAACUUCCUAAAGGUUAUGAUAUCAACUAUGCUCUUGAUGGGGUUCAUGGUGGCAAGAUUAGGAAAGCAGCAGUGUUGCACGACGAGAAGUCUGGAAUUGAAAUGGAGCUCUCGACAAACGCCCCUGGGUUGCAAUUCUACACUGGUAACAUGAUCAAGGAUGUGAAGGGAAAAGAUGGAUUUGUGUACAAGGCUCAUGCAGCUCUAUGCUUGGAGACUCAAUGGUAUCCUGACUAUCUUAAUCAACCCGACUUCCCUCAAUCUAUUGUGGAGCCUCGAAAGAACUACAAACAUGUAAUGUUGUACAAAUUUUCAACACAUUAAGGGCAUUUAGGAGUUAAAUCUUAAUAUGCUACAUAUAAUGAUAUGAAUUAAAAAAAUGUAUAUUUUUAAUAAAACAAACCCGAAUGUUCUUAUUCAA